AUGGACGAUGAGCACGAUGGAACUAUACGACCUAUCGAUCCCACCCAAGGACGACCACCUCCACUACCCCCUCGCAAAGUGUCGCAAUCCCCUACCGUCCCUCCUCCAUCACCACCAGUUCAAGCUGCUGCGGUCAACCUCUCGCCACAGCCGGUCGAUGCCGCCUCGAAGCCAUCACCCCCUCCUCUCCCACCACGUUCCAAGCCAGCACCUAUCUCUGUCGUCCAAACUGCACUCGAAGAUGCACCCAAAACAAACGUGUCGGUAUCGGUCAUCCCUGCCACCCCGCCCAGUUCCCGAUCGCCAGCAUCACCAACUGCGAACAAAGUUAUUCCCAGCGCUCAACUUGACGUCGCCGCUGAUGGAGGUGCUGGACAUGAUAUGAAGCCUGUGGUCAGUCUUCCUGAGAUGAGCGAAGCGAAUAAGAGCACCAGAAUGGUGUCUAUGGGUGAUUCUAUCCCUCCUGUGCCAAGUUGGGUGCCAGUAGCUUUCCUCGGAAUUGCAGCCUAUACCCGGAGUUGUCUGCUCAUCGCCAUAGCACUAGGCUUCAGUGUAUGGACCUUCUACGGGUCGAAUGCGGACGGUCAAAAAGAGGCACCUCAGAAGUCCCAAGAAAAAGACGAGGGAAAUUCCUCGGUAGAUUGGAUAAAUCACACUCUUCAUGUACUCUUCCCUCUUAUCUCCACCGAGGUCCUGACACCCUUCAUCGAUCUCCUGGAGGACGCAUUGAUGGAGCAGGUUCCACCUGUCGUUACAUCAGUCAGACUAGCGUCUCCUUCCUUAGGCCGCCAACCUCUCCAACUCACAUCGCUCAAAGCCCUCAGCGACGAAGAAUGGUUCGCAGCGCUCAGUGAGCAUCCGACGUCUCAGCCUGACCUGCCACUGAGAGGUCACAAAAAGGGCAGAUCAUCUCUAUCCAGUUUGACACCGUCUUCACUCAUCGAAAAGGCCUCUCCACGCUCACGACCUCGCUCCGGUUCAUCGGCCAGUCGAAGCUCUAGUUCCAUGUUAGAAGGCGAAACGUUGGCUGGAGAAAUGCGAUCUCGACGUAAACGCGACAGCCUCCUUCGUCGUCUGUCAGGUCGCGACAAUGUGGAAGCUUUCAGUAAAGAGUCCGACCCUCAUCAUGUUGAACCGUCUCCCCCGAUAAGCAAGGUACACCGUCUAGCAAAUGCCUUGCGAGGUCGUCGUUCCUCCGAGUCUCAACAGAAGUCAAUCUUUUCUGGACUUCCCACUUCUUCCGGCGGACCCAAUUUCGAGCCUCUCGAUGAUGAUGCUACAGGUCAAUAUGUCAACUACCAAGUCUCAUUCACAUACUCUCACUCUGCCCCUUUUCCGUCAACCGCUGUCCCCCGCAAAGGGAUGGGUCUUCACGUCUUGGCUUACUUUGGAAUCGGCAUUGCCGGCCUGAAACAAACGGAAGCACCGGUAUACAUAGACAUUCUUUCUCUAAAAGGCACGAUCAAUCUUCGUCUUCUUCUAUCCGCCACCCCUCCCUUCGUGCGUACUGGCACAUUCUUCUUCCCCAAACUCCCAGACUUUGACAUUUCGGCCAAACCUCUCGUCCGGAGUGCUUUCAACGCCUUCAACCUCCCUCUUGUCAAACCAUAUGUAAUGAAAUCCAUCGUCGAAGUCGCUCAGAGUUUUGUGGCUCCUCGAUCAUAUACCCUCGAUGUGGAUAGAUUGCUUCUAGGCAGAGAAGCAAGCUACAGACUCAUGUCCGUCGGAGUACUACAACUCAUCAUUCACGGAGCCAAAGACCUACCAAAAACCGAUACUUUGGGUACAUGCGAUCCAUACGUCAGUGUGGGAAUGACCAAAUUCCACAAACCUCUUUACGCCACAAGGACAAUAACCAACACUCUUCUUCCUCAAUGGGAUGAAACCGCGAAUAUUCUUGUCCCAGCUGAAGCUGUUCGAUCAGGAGAAGGACUCCGUUUGAGUGUGUGCGAUUCUGAUCGUCUUUCCUCUGACGACUCUUUAGGUGUGGUCACUGUCGAUCUUACCGAUUUGGUGGAAAACUAUAAUGGUCCUCUUAAACGAAGGCUUGACCCAUUACGAGCUGAUAACCCAGGAAUGAAAGUUCAAGGAAGUUUAGAAUGGAGUAUCAGAUUUUGUCCUUUAUGGCAAAUCUCUCCUGAAGAAUUAGAAGAACGAUUGAAACAAGCUCAUCCAAAAUCGAAAGGAGAACCUAAAGACGUCACAAAACCAUGGUGGAUCACUUUGUUAGAGAAGUUAGCUGGAGAAGUUCCAGAAUGGGAGAAAGAAAGAAAAGAGAGGAGAAAAGAAGUAAUGGAAUGGUUCUCAGGUGCAAAAGAGAGAGAAGAAGCAGAAGUUGUUUUGAAACCUAAUGAAAAAUAUCGUUCUGGUAUAUUACAAUUUCAUAUUCAUCAAGCUAGUGACUUAGAGGUAGAAUCAUUAGAUGGGACUUAUUCACAAGCUUUAUCACCUAGAUUAUCAGCUGCUGGUGGAAGAUCAGCUUUGGAAGAUGUUGUGAAUAGAACAUCUGAAGAAAACCCUGAUCCCCCUUCUGCUUAUGUUGAAGUCCAUCUAAAUGAUCAAGUGGUUUAUAGGACAAGAACGAAGGAAGUGACUCCGGAACCUUAUUAUAACGCUGUGAGUGAGAGGUUUGUUAGGAAUUGGACCAGUUCGAGAAUCAAGUUUGUAGUGAGAGAUUCCAGGGAUAGAGAGCAUGACCCGAUAAUAGGUCUUGUCUCCCUCCCUCUACCUAAAGCUCUUUCGGAACGAUCUCAAAUAACUCGCUGGUAUCCAUUAAUCGGAGGAUUAGGUUGGGGUCUUCUUCGUAUUUCUCUCCUAUGGAAACCUGUCGAAAUCAAUUUACCUCCAACAAUGACAGGAUACGACAUUUCCACCUUACAUCUUCUUUCUUUAUCUUCCACCGAAUUCAUUAGGGUUGAUCGAUUAUCUUUAACCUCUUCGGGAGAUAAAAGAUCUUCUGCUUCUUCUAGAUUCUCUUUGAACAUGAACAGUCCCAAAACUUCCGUUGAGAAGACAUUCCAUACGAAAAGUUCGUUGGAAAAAACACACAGUUCGAAACAUUCCAUCGGCAGUAUCCAAUCUUUCAGAUCAAUAGACGAAUUACGUCCCGUCAAUUCAUCCGAAACUUCUUUGUCGCAAUUCAAUAUGGGAAAGAAUGAGAGGAGCUCGAGUCGCCAUGAUGGAGCAAUUGUGGAAGAAGAUACGGUUUCACAAUGGGAUUUCAAUUCGAAUAAAAUGGCAAUUCGGUAUCGUCAUACUUGUUCUUUAGUAUUGACAUUCAAGACGAAAUCUCAGAUGUUGAAGAAAAGUAAGACGGUGGCAAUUGCCAUUUUACCAUUGUACGAUAUGGUUGAUGAUGAAGAUAUCAUUCGUACAAUUCCGAUAUAUAAAACGACAAAUGUGGAAUUAGCUGUCAAAUCCACUAAAGCUCAUCUAUCUUCUUCUUUUUCCUUCACUCCCAAAUCUCAACUCCCAACUUCAAAAGGAAAUUCCAGCGAAGGAACUACUUCUCUUUCUGAUGAAAUCUCAACUUCAACCGACGCAGCUGCUGGAUAUGUUAAAGGUCAGAAAGAUAGACAAAUAUCAAGGGAGGGAAAUGAAGAUUUAGAACAAAUCGGUUGGGUGACGAUAAGUUUUAAGAUUAUCCCAGGAAUUAGUAAAAUACACAAGAGAUUUUGUAAGAAGGAUUUGAGGUUUAUGAAAGCUUAUGAAGCUUGGGAAGCAGCUAGAGAGGAGGAUAAUGAAUGUGAUUAUGAUGUAGAAGGGGAAGAUGAUGAGGAAGAUGAAGAAGAAGAUGGAUCGUCAGAAGCCAAUACAAUAGAUCUGAGAGAUGAUGAAGAAAUGGGUUCACAUAAUCAAGCUUUACACAAGAAGCACAAAGGCAUCUUUCAAUUGAAAAUCGCCAGGACGGGUAAAUUGGUCGCGGACAAGAUCUCAGCCUCGGUGAGAUCGUCAGGUGAUAAAGAUAGUCGCCCGAGGGGUACAGAUGUGGUUGUUGAGAAAGAAGGGACGUCGAGAUUGGGUUGAAAGGUGUUUUCCUUCUCAUCUACUUCCACAGGGCACAUUCUGACGUUUCCUUCUUGAUCUUCCUUCGUUUCUCCCCACGACCCACUUGGUCUGCAUCUUCAUGUUGAAUUUCCUUCCUUCCUUGCCUCCUCGCCUCCUCAUUUUUUUUCUCUUUCGACCGUCCAUAUCUUUGUCCUGACCCAGUAAAACGAUCUCAGGUAUGUUGUGCUCCCAUUGCUACUAGUAAACGCGCUUGGACGAACGUGUAUUUAUUGUUUAACGAGGUGUCAAUGUCGUGAUCUACAAUUAGCAUAUGCAGCAUACUUGUCGUAUAGAUG